UCUCCUAAUGUAUAGAUAAACCCCCGAGUUUCUUCAUAUUUCCCAUUGUUCCUGAGAAUUUAUUUCGUAUUUAGUUUAAUAUCGUUAACAGUUUUAAUCGAUAUUGUUUUUUCUUGUGACAAUGACCUGUAUCGUUGACAUUGAUUGAAAGGAGAAUCACUGACCCUGAAUAGUGCUAUAUAUAGAUUCUUUUUCCUUGGGAGACACAAUGAAUUUGUUGGGAUCAGUUCCUGCGAUCUAAUCGCAAACUGUAUCAACGAUGCGACGACAAGGACAGGAUGUCAUGCAGGUGAACUUGGCGGGAAUCAGGCGUGAUAUAUUGAAUCUUGCUCACAACUAUAGCAAUGCUCAGAAAUUAGUCCGAAAGGCUACGAGCAACGAUCCAUGGGGCCCCAGCAGUACCAUAAUGGCAGAAAUUGCCGAUCUAACGUAUAACGUAGUGGCCUUUACCGAAAUAAUGCAAAUGCUGUGGAAACGUCUGAAUGAUCAUGGAAAAAAUUGGCGACACGUCUACAAAGCCCUGGUCCUCCUCGACUAUUUAAUUAAAACAGGAUCUGAAAAAGUUGCACAGCAGUGUAAAGAGAACAUUUUUGCUAUUCAAACGCUUAAAGAUUUUCAACACAUGGAGGGCCCCAAGGAUCAGGGAAUCAAUGUGAGGGAGAAAGCUAAACAAUUAGUGGCCUUAUUGAAAGACGAUGAGAGACUACGGAACGAACGUGCUAGAGCGCUCAAAGCUAAAGAGAGAUUUGCACAGUCUGUCAGUGGUUUUGGGAGUGAUGGACUGGAUACUAUGUCAUCGCUGGGUGAUAUGUGUUCACCAGAUUGGGAGCCUUACAGAGGAAAUUCUGAGCCUAAACCCGAACUAGAAAAAGCUCGGCCGCUGACCGUUGGUGAGGAGGAGCUGCAGCUACAAUUGGCAUUGGCAAUGUCAAGGGAAGAGGCUGAGCAGGAGGAGCAGAGGAGACGCAGUGACGACGUUAGAUUGCAGCUUGCGUUGAGCCAAAGUCAACAAGACUUCAAAGCGCCGCCGUCCGAAAAAGCAAGCCACAUGCUUGAUCUUCUUGAUGUCAAUCUAGGUGAAGCUAGUGGAGGAGCACUCCAACUCACACUGGACCCAUGGGGUGUACCGAUCGCUCCACCGCCCCCUCGACCUCAGACUAAUUGUGAUCCUUGGAGUGCUCCCACAACGAGUUCAGCGGUGCAACCGGCAGAUCCAUGGGCCCCUGUUCCUCCUCAACGUCCGAAUGAUGACUUUGCAGCAGCAGCAGUCGAUCCUUGGCGAGCUCCAGCCCCCUCGCCGGCCACUAUAGCUUCACCACCUCGUACCGUGGAUCCAUGGGCUCUGGCCCCAGCCACGACAAUGUCGUCGCCGAGUACCUCCGGAUUCACUGGAAACAUGAACGGGUCUAGUUUUAACAAUUUGAAUGCACAGGGUAGCAGUAAUGUGGGUCCCUCCGGUGACCUCGAUGAUUUUGACAUCAUCAGCAAUCGAAAUAAGCUCGAGGCUAGUCCUCAAUCUCAACCGAUGAAUAAUGGAGGAACUUUAUCACCAGAUCCAUUCGAUCUUGGUGGACUAAGCGACAACUUGCCAGCGAGCACCGGUGCUGUAAAAAAGACACCCCAGUCAUUUUUGGGUGAAAAUUCAGCUCUUGUAAAUCUCGAUAAUCUUGUGAGCACUUCAAUGAUGAAACCUGCUGCCCCUACGCCAGCUGCUGCUGUACCAUUUUCAGCGAAUCCAUUUGCAACAGUAACACCACCCCCUCGUCCCUCCAUCAAUCAAAUUCGGCAGGACCCAUGGACAGGUAAUGGACAGGCAACUCCAGCAACGGCCAAUCCAUUCCUCUCGUAGCCUGCGAAUUAAAACAAGAACAAAAAAGAGAACAAUUUCAGGAAAUAUCAAUACAGUAAACUCGAGAAAAGCGUUGGAUUCUAAAUAGGUGAACAAAAAACCGAUUAACAACUGACAGAAAAAGCUGUGGAGAAAGAUAAAAAUAAUAAGCGUAUCAAAUGUUUUACAAAUAACCCUGUACGAUAAGUUUUUAUUCUUAGGGUAAACAUUAAUUCAAUUGGAUUAAAGUAACAGUGAAGUAAUGUAGAAAAUGAUAAUGAUGAACAUAAAAUUACGUAACAACCGAGAGUUCUGCGAUGAAGUGGUAAAACGUAAUGAGUCAAAUUUGGAGUGUAAUUGUUUGUAAAUUUGUAGAUUUUUCUUGAAAUCAGUUGACGUCAAGAGAAAAUGUAACGAGAAUUUCUUUCUUUUGCAUUUUUUCUGCAUGAGAAAUUUCCUUCAACAUUUCUUCUUAGAACCAGUUGUUUUUUAUCCCAUAAUUUUGUUUAAACAUUUUUAUUUGUACAUUUAUCUAUUUAUCGUGAAAAUAAUUAAAUUUAGGAGGAAAUAUCAAGAUGUUUGCUUUUGCUAGGAUACUUUUUAAUGGAAUAUGUUUCUUGAUAUUUUCUUCUAAAACUACCCUCUGUCUGAAUAACUUUAUGUGUAAUUAGAUAAAAAAAUUGACUGUUCAGUACUAUUACGUUUUAUCACUUCCUUGCUCAAUUGUAGAAUUGGAGAAUCGAAGACUUUUUCUUGGGUCAACGAAUGUCACACUUUUUUAGGUUGAGUAUAGACAUGAUGCUAUUCCUGUCACAGCUUGGUGAUUCGGUUGAGCCCCUCGUUGAUACAUAUGUUUUUUACAAUGGCACUUUAUUCGAGAAAAAUAGUACCUAUAUUUUUUAAGUAAAUAUGAGAAAAACAAGAAAAACAAAAUUCACCAGUAUUUUUUUUUGUUUAGAGUAAUGAAUGGAAAAACAUCAAUUAUACAUUUGUAAAUUCAAAAUUCAAUUUUCACGUAUUGUCCACAAAGUCAGUUACUCAAGGAAAUCAAUGGAAAUAAUUCCAAAGCAUUGAAUGUUUGGUUUUUUUCAUUGAUGCCUGUAUCAAGAUAUACCAGAAAUCUAAUUAUGAACAUUAAAAUCGAGAAAACAUGAAUUAUUAUUUAUGGGGCGAUAAUUUUCUAAAAUUGUGAUUAUAAUCAUUUGAAUUUGACGGAGUGGUCAGUCUAGAGAUGACUAUUUUACGAAUAUCUUCGAGAACAUUUUUUCCGAGAGACUUUUUUCUCAAAAGAACUCAUUCCCGAGAUAAUCGCAGGAUUACGAAGAUUUUCGACCACUUCGCUGUGUAAAUUCAUUUAAAAAAGUGCUUGAGAGUACAGUCGAACAGGGUUAAAUUCAAGUUUAAAAUGUCUUUCACCAGUUUCGUUAUGCAGCAAUUGAAUCAACGAUGUGACGUUUAUUUAAACUGAAAACAAAACUUUUUCGUAAUGAAUGAAAAACAAGGUCCUUUGGUGUCGUGUGAGGCGCUUUUGUUUGCUAUUUAUUUGCUCCCGAUCUAAAGGAUUCUCAACGCUAAUUAAAAACAUAAAGCUGUUGGAAUGUCGUAUUAGAGAGAAACAAGAAUUGAAUACAAUUUUAAUCAUGGAUGGAUUAAACAUGAACUAGGAAAAAUCACGAGUCGGUGGAGAAAUUUAUUACAGUUUGUAAAUGAUUACGUGAGCUACAAUCAAUUUACUCUGACUAACACCAGUUUAUUAUUAUUAUUAUUAUUAUUAUUAAUUAAAGAGAAGAAAAGAAUAAUGGUAUUAUUGAAAAUUGUACAUUCUAUAUCACAUAUGAAAUAUUAAUUGUGGAACUCCUCAUGCUUUCUCAUUAUUUUCUCGGAAAUUAUGAAGAUAAAAAUGUGAAUUCAUCAUUUAUGAUUUUCGAGGUAAUUGUCAUUUUCUAUCGAUUUUUUUUCUCGCUUUUUGGAAUUCAUUUCAUGAAAAAGUGCUCAAGGAUUGGUACUCUGCGCAUUUUUUACGUCAACGUUAUCUCCCAUUACUCCGAAAUGAUAAUUAUAUAUCUACGUUGCAUAAUUCCAUCAUGAAAAUGAAAAGCAAAACAGACUAUUCUUCCUCAGUUUCUUAAUAUUUUUAUUUUUAAUUCUACACGAUUGUGAAAUAUUAAUCAAUAUAUUCUAUGAUUUUCAUUGUCCAGGGAUUCUAAGACGGCUGGAAUUUAUUAUGAAUUUAAGUAACAAUUGAAUUUAUUAUUAUAUAUUUUAGUAGAUCAUAUUAUAUACUUUAUUAUUAAUAAUAAUUAUGCAAAUAAAUGUACAAAUUUUUAAGUUCCCUCAUAUAUUUUUUUUAUUUUUCCUUCAUUAUUGUUUGCACCAAUGGACCUGAUUAAUCCACAGUUAGCCUCAUUAAUUUUCAUUUCUAACAAAACAUGAAGAAAUAAUUUAUAAAUUUAGGAAAAAAUUGAGCUUUAGAGAUCUUCAUUAUAUAAACGAAAAUUGUAAUUCAAGCAGAUGAUAAUUUAUUUAACAAUAGUCUAUUUUUUCAUAUAUAGAAAAUUCGAACAUUAUAGAAUUAAACCUAAAAUUAGUCUCAUUAUAAUUAAUUAUACUUUUAUGAGAAAAUGCUUCAAACUAUUAUCAAAAAAACCUAUUUAUUACACCACAAGAAUCAUGUGAAAUUGUGACGAAAUAUUUUUGUUUGUACGACGCACUAACAUCAGCAAAUGAUUGUUCAGGAAAUGAGUAAAUAAAUUGAUUAAUUUUGAUUCUGUAGGGAAUGGUGAAGAUCAGGAAAUUUAAAUGUUUAAUUCUUCUAUUUCGUCAAUAUUUCCAAUACGAAUAAAUUCAGAGAAAAAUCUCAACAUAGCUUUGCUAUAGCCCAUAAAAUUGCCAACAAAAAAAGUCUCCUGACAUUCUCUUCUGAACCCAUUAGUUUCGAAGAUAUUUGCAAAAUAAUGUUCUGCUCUUCACCAUUUCACUAAUUAAUUCAUUUACUGAAAUUAGAGUUUUGUAUAUGAAAAUAAAGGAUUUAAGAAUUCA